AUGGCGUGGGAUUAUGAGGGAUUAGAACCCCUCGUGGCCAGGGGCGUAUCAGUUCUCUACCAACUCGCUGGGGACCUCGGACGAACCUCCUGCCGCUCCCUAGCAGCAAUCAAACGAUUUCCUCCAUCAGUGCUACUCAGGAUCCUGAAUUUCUCGGCGGCUUUGCUCCCCACCUGUGAACAUGACCCCUUAGCUGGCCCUUCGCAUCCCAAUUUUGUGAUAGAGGCUUCUUUGGAGAUUCAGAUGGAUGAACCAAUGGCUUUUACUCCCCUGUGUGAACGGCUUCAGGCGGAUGGCUCGUUAAAAAAAUAUGAGCAGAAUUAUAAACUACCAGGCAUUAAAAAAGAUAUUGAGAAGCUUUAUGAAGCUGUACCACAGCUUGGCAAUGUGUUUAAGAUUAAAGAUAAAAUUGGAGAAGGUACUUUCAGCUCUGUAUAUUUGGCCACAGCACAGUUACAAGUAGGACUUGAAGAGAAAAUUGCUCUAAAACACUUAAUUCCAACAAGUCAUCCUAUAAGAAUUGCAGCUGAACUUCAGUGUCUAACAGUGGCUGGGGGGCAAGAUAAUGUCAUGGGAGUUAAAUACUGUUUUAGGAAGAAUGAUCAUGUGGUUAUUGCAAUGCCGUAUCUGGAGCAUGAGUCCUUUUUGGAUAUUUUGAAUUUGCUUUCAUUUCAAGAAGUACGGGAAUAUAUGUUUAAUCUGUUCAAAGCUUUGAAACGCAUUCAUCAGUUUGGUAUUGUUCACCGUGAUGUGAAACCAAGCAAUUUUUUAUUUAAUAGACGCCUGAAAAAGUAUGCUUUAGUAGACUUUGGUUUGGCCCAAGGAACCCAUGAUACGAAAAUAGAGCUACUCAAAUUUGUCCAGUCCGAAACUCAGCAGGAAAGUUGUUCACAAAAUAAAUCCCAUGUAAUCACAGGAAACAAGAUUUCUCUGAGUGGCUCAGGAGCACCUAAAGAGCUGGAUCAACAACCUGCCACAAAAACUUCUGUUAAAAGGCCUUAUACAAAUGCACAAAUUCAGAGUAAACAAGGAAAAGAUGGAAAGGAAGGAUCUGUAGGCCUUUCUGUCCAGCGCUCUGUUUUUGGAGAAAGAAAUUUCAAUAUACACAGCUCCAUUUCACAUGAGAGCCCUGCAGUGAAACUUAUGAAGCAGUCAAAGACUAUGGAUGUGCUAUCUAGAAAGUUAGCUACAAAAAAGAAAGCUGUUUCUACAAAAGCUGUGAAUAGUGGUACAGUGAGGAAAACUUCUAGUUCUUGCCCAUCUAGUCUGACCUGUGAUUGUUAUGCAACAGAUAAAGUUUGCAGUAUUUGCCUUUCAAGGCGACAACAGGUUGCUCCUCGGGCAGGGACACCAGGAUUCAGAGCACCUGAGGUCUUAACAAAGUGCCCCAACCAAACUACAGCAAUUGACAUGUGGUCUGCAGGUGUCAUAUUCCUUUCUUUGCUCAGUGGACGAUAUCCAUUUUAUAAAGCAAGUGAUGAUUUAACUGCUUUGGCUCAAAUUAUGACAAUUCGUGGAUCCAAGGAAACUAUCCAGGCUGCUAAAACUUUUGGCAAAUCAAUAUUGUGUAGCAAAGAAGUCCCAGCACAAGACUUGAGAAAACUCUGUGAGAAGCUCAGGGGUAUAGAUUUUAACACUUCCAAAUUAGUCAGCAGUUUACAGAAGCCUGCGUCUCAUGACCCGGCUUUUUUAGGGAAAUCUGCCCAGAAUGACCCCAUACAAACACUUCAAGCACAGCACUCGGGGAAUUCACUGUAUAAAGGGGGCAGCAAUGACUCUGGGGGUCGGUCUGAUGAGUGUGCUACCAGUUUAGAAGGCUGGGAUGAGGUGCCUGAUGAAGCUUAUGACCUGCUUGACAAACUUCUAGAUCUCAAUCCAGCUUCAAGAAUAACAGCAGCAGAAGCUUUAUUGCAUCCCUUUUUUAAAGACAUGAGCUUGUGAUUAUCAAGUCUUCAUUUAAUGUUUGCUGUUGUAUAUUGUGAGGUGGGUUGAAAAAGAGUUCUUUGUGUAAUAGUCAUAAGUUAUUGAUUAGAGACCAGGACAAGAUGAAUAAUUUAUUUUUAAAUUGAAGUAUUUGCUCUCAAGGCAGAUUCUGAAAUACAGAUUAAGAUUGCUUAAGGGGCCUGGGGUCAUUCUUUGGACUAACAAUGGGUCUUUCGGUUAGAGAUACCCGAGCAUAUUCAAAUUUUUAGUUUUCCCUAAUAUUUCACUGUCAUAUGCAGAUAAAGGAGCAGUGUUAUCCUAGUACAUAGGGAUUCUAGAUGCAAGUCAGUAAAUUAAUGGAUAUUUCAGGGAUUAAAAUAUACCGUGCAGUGUCUAAACUAGGUCAGAAGACUUAGUUUAUUGGUUUCUUAAAGCUGUGAUCUGUGUCCUUUUAAAAAACCUAACCUGAUUCUGGUGUUCUGUCCAUUCUGUAGGUAAAGAAAAUAAUUUCCUCUCUUGCAGAUGUAUAUGUUGUAUCUUUCAUGAACACUAAACAAGUACUGAGAAAAUGUUUGUCAUGUCUGGUGGGGGUGGGGAAUAUCACAUAAAAUUACACCUUUCCAUUUUUAGAGUAUUUUUUGAAAGCAUUUUUUGCGUGAAUUGCCAUGGUUUCUUAAUGAUUUCUCUCACUUUUUCUGCCUUCUUAACCCCCACGUAAUACAAUCUCCUUGGAAUUAAUAUGGUGCUUUCAAAACAUUUCUGGGUGCUUAGUUAAAUGUUGCUUAUGUUUACAGUUAGAAUCUUAAAAUAAUGCUACACUGGUUGAAAAAAAGGGACACUUCAGGGCCAAGGUGAAGAUUAAUAGUCCAGAAUGCUUUUCUUUUUCAGCUGUAUGCUUUUUCACACCAUCUUAGGUAGAAUUAGGUAGCUGCUGAAAGGAAAUUGACAAGCAGAAUUGAAUCUAUUGCACAUUUUUCCUUUACGUGACGCCAUCAAGAGCUAUAUAACCUAUUGGACUAAGUUGGCUCUACUCAAGGAAGAAUGAAGAUUGGGGUCUUGGGUGGAUUGGUAAGAGAUAGUGAAGUAAGCAAAGUAGAAAAGGACCUAAGAUAGAAGUUUAUGUAUUACUGUAUGCCAGAAUGAUGUAUAGCAACGACAGCUAUCCAACUUCUUGUGAGAAGUCAGUCUGGAAGUGAGGAAUGGAUCUGCUGAGAAGUUUCCUAUUUUGUAGUCAUAGAGUAUAGAAACAGCGUAAGGAUAUAAUAUUCAUUUUGUUAUUUGACCAUGAAGUCAGUUUGUCUACCUAAUCUAUUGCUAAAUAUAAUGUGUGUGUGUAUGUAUCUACACCAUUACCUUUGAUCUGUCUUCUCAUACUAUAAUUUUUUAAAAACCUAAAUGUUCUUGAAUUUGUAUGUUUAAUAAAGUUAUCCUUUUAUUUUUUUAUGUACACUAUUCAUUUGUAAAAAUGAUAAAAAAAAUUAACCACUGAGUGUGUUUUCCUUCUGAGAUUGAAAUGUAUGUUCUCUUUUCAGCACACAGUAGGUAGUGAAUUAACAAAUAUUGACCUGGCUCAAGUAGUAUAUGAAAGAUAGAAGUAGAUUUGUCCAUAGAGAAGGUGCUAACCUGAUUACAUUUAUAGGAUAUUUGUCACAAAUAAUAAAGCAAACCAUAAUGAAAUCUUUACUCAGCCAAAAAUAAUUUUUCAGCAUGACUCACAAGUUAACAUAUUCUCAGAGAACUGAUAGGGGAAAAAAUUAUCACAAGAGCAGAGAAGGGGUUCUCUAAGGAUAUUUAAUAUUCAGGACUUUUUUCAAUUUUCCAUUAAUGUUACUUAGAAUAGAACUUGGUUGAUAUACAAGGGGAGGUAGAAGGAGUUAGUAUUUUAAAAGGUAUCUGAUGUUGCAAUUUAGGUGUCAGGAAAUUUCAAACCCACUAGAAAAUGGUAUAUCGAUUUUGGCAAAUAAAAAUUAUGAAGGAAUUUCCAUACACAUAUUCAGGUUUUUCAGCCUUCUGAACAUCACUUUAUUAUGUCAGCUCCCUAAAAGCUUCUAAGUUAGGCAAAACAGUCAUUUCUAGGGAAGAAGGUAAUUUCCUAUUAUUAUGGAAGUUCCCGGAAUAUUUGACUAUUUUUCAUUGUCAACUUUAUAAAAUUGUUGCUGACACUCGAAACUGUUAAGGAUGUUUUCAUUUAAUAAACUAGACAUUUACAACUAUAAGUACAACAAGCUACAAGUAUUGGUUUUUGAAACAGACUGCAGUUCCCUAGCAUUUUUAAUGAAACUUUUCCUUAUAAGGGGAUGAUUAUGGUUGCCUUAAUGACCUAAAUAAAAAUGUGGCUCAAGAAUGAUUAUUCCAAAGAAUUAAACUUAAGUUUAUUUUAAAAUCUGAACGAAAGUCAUCAAGCAAUGUUAAUCUCAUGUUUCUGGCAUCAACAUUUUUAGAAACAAAAGGGUGUUACAGAUGUUAGUAUAUUGAUUGCAUAAAAUCUUGAAACCCACAAAACAUUUAGGCUUAUGUCUUAGUAAUUUCUACUGUUUGUGUAAUUUCAGUACUAUGCAUCACCAAAAAGUUAUUUAUUUUAAACCAUGGCCAAAUUUGGCGGGUAAUGCCAGUGUCAGCAGAUGUAUUGUUUCCGCCUGCAAUUGUGCAUGCUGUCUGUCUGGUCUUUAAAGAACACUAUCUAACACUAGGCAGAAAUGUCAACACGGUUCAAAUUUUUUCCUGUGUUCUUAGAACUGAUGUUUCCUAAUGUUGUCAAAUUGUGUUGGAACUGCCUGUCUUGAAAGGUGGAUAUUUUCACCCAUGUACUAGAUAAGUAAUCAGAAUUAGUUAAUGCUCUGUCAAAUUACAGCAAGAUUUCCAACAAAGUAACUACAAAGGUCAGUGCUUUAGAAUUUAGUAAAUAAUGGCAUUUUAAAUACCUAAGUGAGAAGGCAUAAACCUUAGGAAAACCAUUGUAAACUGGAUGAGAAAAUUAUAAAAAUGAAGUUCAGGAAAGCAAUUGCAAAAUAGUUUUGAGCUUAAUUUGUCUGACCUAAUUUUUUUCU